UAUUAGGUGUGUUUAAUGUGUGCAGCAAAAUCCUUCCUUUCAAGCCGCUAAACAUGGAUAUCAAAACCUUACUUGACAAUCUUCAUGAAGAAGUUUCCUGUCCAGUGUGCAUGACCACAUUUACUGAACCAAAGCAGCUGCCAUGUUUACACAGCUUCUGCCUUCACUGUUUAGCAGGAAUUCAAAGAAACAGUGGCCGCCAUGAUGUCAUAACGUGUCCUGAGUGUCGCAAGGAGAGUCAAGUCCCUGGUGGAAACCUUAAAGAUCUGCCCACUAACUUUCGCAUCAACAGUUUACUAGAUGUGCUCGCCAUAAGGGAGUGCAUUAGCUCUGAGUCCAAAGCGGAUCAGUCGACUGCUAAAGGAAAAGGACUCACUGAAGCGAUUAUUGGAAUUCAAGCGAACUUUGUUUUAACAACAAAAAAUGCCAAAGGACAACAAUGUUACGAAAAGCGUGACCGAGUAACUGCGGAAAUAAAAAAUCAGGAAGGCCAUGACUGUGCAACAGAAGUGCGAGUGAAAGAUAACCACGAUGGUAGCUACAAAGUCAGCUAUUUUGCCAAAGAAACCGGAAGAUGCCAGGCAGUAGUCAAAGUGAAUGAGGAAGAAGCUGGAGGCAGUCCUUUCUCGGUUGAAGUUUCACCAAGACAAUUCAGACCCGUGUUAUCUUUUGGACAACAUGGCUCGUCUCCUGGAAUGUUAAACAGACCCUGGGGAGUGGCAGUGAAUGAACGUGAUGAAAUUGCAGUGACUGAGAUGAGGAACCGCAGGGUUCAGGUAUUUAGUAGUGAUGGAACUUACUUAAGAUCUUUUGGUAGUAAAGGUGAUAAACAGGGUGAGUUCGACUGCCCUGCUGGGAUAGCUUUUGAUAAAAACAAUAAUAUUAUAGUGGUGGACGGCGCUAACCACCGUGUUCAAUUGUUCAGUGAGCAGGGUGAGUACCUGAGCCAGUUUGGUGGUAAAGGAAAUCUUGAUCACCAACUGUUUUAUCCUCAUGGCGUAUCUGUAGAGAACGAUGGAAAUAUAAUUAUUGUUGAUUCAGAGAACAAAUUAAUUAAGAUGUUUUCUCCUAAAGGCCAUUAUUUAAAUAAAUUCGGGGGUGAGGGUUCUUUAACCUUUCCCCUUCACUGCAUACAGUAUGAAAAAUAUCUCAUAGUGUCAGACAGAGGUGAACAUUGUAUCAAAGUGUUUGAUGGGAAUGGGAAUUUUUUGUACAGAUUUGGAAAGGAGGGGGAGGGGGAUGGGGAGUUCAAUAAACCUCAAUUGUUAUCAGUUAACAAGGCAGGACACCUGAUGGUCUGUGACGUAGGUAAUGACAGAGUUCAGGUAUUUGAUCUUAGUGGAAAGUUUAUGACAAAAUUUGGAUCAAAAGGAGACAAAAAAGGAGAAUUUAACGCUCCUGUCUCUGUUGCAGUGCUCAGCGAUGGUCGAAUACUUGUGUCUGACCUUGGUAACCAUCGCAUUCAGAUAUUCGAAUAGACUAACAUCUCAUUACCUGUUUGCUGGAUAAUGUAUGUAUAUCAUAGGAAGAAGUUACAGGUUAAUCACUUGUGGGAGUUAAAGAGUUACACUAAGUGUGAUCUGUCACUCAGCCAAGUCAAUAAGCUCUUUUAGGUCAAUAAUUACACAAGUUUUAAAACUUUUGUUUCAUAGCAAGUCUAACACGAAAACAAAAAUGCAAAAUUCAGUUGUACCAGAUCAUUAAUUAUGUCUAGAGGUACAGCUUCAGGUAAUGUUACAUCUACGAUAAAGCAAUCGUACAGCCAUAGGUAUUUGCUCGAUUGUUUUCACCAUACUGAGCUGGGAACCUAUUCCUGAGUUAAACCAGCAGAGUGAAUAGACUAUUCUUUGACAUUUAAUUUGGCAAAAUUUUGUUAUUGCAUAUAUAAAUAUGCAAUAUAAAAUUGUAAAUAAUCGAAAUAUAAAAAUAUGUCAAUA